CAUAAGUAAAUUUAAAGUGAAUAAAUACAAAAAAAAAACAAAAUUUCAUUUAUUAUUUGAUUUACAAUGGACAAACUAAUUUUACAUAGGAAUUAUUGAGUUCUUGGUAAGGUGUAUUCAGAUACUGCAAAUCUUGUGAGAUUAUGAGACUAUUUUUGUUGGAGAAAAAUGGAAGUAUCAGGGGCUGUUUCCACUACGUCGGCAAGUUUCAGACCGACAAAGGACUAUACAAUCGCCUUUGGCCGGGUGACACCAGUUAAGAAUAAACCUAGAGAUAAUGCGAAACAUACAGUUGACGAGGAAGGAAAAACGAGUAAGGCUUACAAAUCCAAACCAUUGAGCCUCAAGAGAGCUAUCCCUGUUAGCACUGGGAAAACGGAUGUUGCAGGUGAUCCGUACUCAAAUAGCAGAAGGCCUCGAAUUUUCCCAACAAAACAACUUGAACUGCAAAAUAAGAAUUUAAGACCCUCUUCAAUACCAAGGAGAAAACCGACGCCUAAUAAAAACGUACCGUCAAAAAUACAGAAACCAACAGUAAAGCUACCACAACAAAGCAAUGUGCAAAGGCUUGAAAUAUGUGACACUCCUCCAGACAUAGAGGAAAAGUCGGAGACGGUAGGAGCGACGAAGCCGAUACCUACCUUAGGACAUAUAUAUGAAGGCAUGUUUACGUUCAGCAGUGAUAUUUUUAAUGACUAUUUCCUGGCAUCAGUGAAUGGAAACAUGGGAUUGAUGAUAACAAGGAAUGUGACGUCACUUAAAGAAGAUCAAAUAAAUACAAAUUCAACGGACAUCAAUUUUAGCGAAGGAGCAGAUACCUCAGUACCUCAAACGAGUGCAAUCGCAAAAAAAAGGUCUUUCAAAACAACAGAGGAAAAUAUUAAGGACUGGCUGUCGUCUGAAUUAGAAGUUCCGACCAGGGACAAUGAAAAUGAUUAUCAUGCAAACUAUUCUUCGAAUACUGAAAGCGAAUGCUCUAAAGAAAAGCCUGGGUACAACCGUAGAGACGAUAUCUUGAGAAAGUAUUCGAGUAUUUUCAACAAACGUCGUGCUAAGAGUGACAGAAGGAGCCAUGCGUCCUUGGAUAAGAGUUACAGAGCCAUCGACGCUCCAAAUGAAACUUCAGUGGCAGAUAACAAAUCAACCUUGAAAUCGAAGACACGGGAGCUAGUUCGACCAUUGCCAAAAAUUUAUUCAGAGACAAAGCAAUUUAAUGCCAGAAAUCCAUACAGAUUUUACACAACAUUAAAAUACCCAUCUACUCCCAAUCCAACCCUAAGUCGGGAGAAGAAUGUUAGCUUGCCAGUGUCCUCAUACGUGGACUGUCCAUCCGAAGUGAUACAGAAAACAACGAACUUUGAAAUAGAAGUGCGUGACACUUUUAGUAGUAUUUGCGAGAAUGAUAUACACGACGAGCUGUCGAGUCAAGCUUUGUGUGAGCACGUUAGCGGGGAAACUACUGAUCAGAACGACGUGUCCAGAUUCCCGAGCUCUCAGACCAGUGCACAGACGUUAAAGCUGUCUAAAGAAUUUGCUGUCAAGGAUGGCUUCUGGAAUUGUAAGGACGCUUGCCCUAAGCGUUCCAGUGAUUUGUCAUAUUCAAAGUUAACAGGAAGAUGCAGCUACCACGAAUACUACUACCACUACUGUUGGAGAAGGGAAGUAGCGAGAAGAGAAAAAGAAGGUCUUCGUGAUUACAAGGGACGAUGCAAGAAAUGUAUGAAGUACAGGCGCUGUAGCUUUCGUAGAGAUAAAAUUUCUAAGAAGUUCGUGAUACUGGCAAAGCCUUUGUCUAUCGGUCGAGUUUGCAGGCAUCGAUGGAACCAUGUAUGGAAAAAGACAGCGGCAAGAUUCGCUUCCUGGUCUAAGUCGCCAUCGAAGCUCACGAAACGUAAAAAUGUGCUAUUGAUGCAGAAUUUACAACGUUGCCAAUGGGAUAGUACCGAUGUACAGACAGCUGUACUUGCCUAUCAUGAAACAGGAACAGACGCGUUGACAAAAUUGCAGGGUUCAGUUGAAAUCGCCACGUCAAACUGCAGUGAGAAAAAUCAAAAAAGAAAAGUAUCAACUUCAUGUUCACCACCGCAUAUUUACAAAACAAAACACGUCAACGUUGGUCCAUCAAGGUUUCCCUUGGCUGCCAUAACAGUUCAGCCAAUGAUAUCAGAAGCAAUCUCAGCACAAACACCAGGUGGAAUACACCAAGAUAUCACCCAGCAUCGGAAAGAACUAGCCAUUUCAGAAACUGUCAUAACUGAAAUAGCUGACUGUCCCAAAAUAGAGGAGUACACGACUACAAGAGAUCACGUGACUAAAGCUACGAGCCAUUUAAAUUUUGUUGUCCUCCAAGUGGACUGUUCUACGGAACCUGUAACACUGUCGAAACCAGAAGAGACGUCAGCGGACCUUGCCAAUGUGUCGAACGAUUCCCAAUCUAUUGGCACAUCUAAUACAACAGCUGGAGUCAAUGCGACAGACAUUGAAGAUGACCCAUCAUUUCUGCCCAGCAACAAGAUAUCAACCGGAACUGUAACAUUGGAUUCUAUCUAUCAAGAUACAAAGCCAAGCGUCGUCACAGAUACAAUAAUUCCUUACCGGAGGCUUGAAAGUAAAGGUUACUCAAAGGUGAUCACACCAAACGGAACUAUUUUAUCUUGCACAGGCACGAAAAUAACAUCUGUAUCUUCGGUAAAUCUUCUCGCUGGUUCUGUACCUCAUAAGGCGAAUUCAAAAUUCACAGAAGUUGGCACAUACUUAGGAACAAAGACUGUGGAUUGUUUCACGGCCCCGUCGCUUUAUCGUCGACUGGUGAAAGACAUCGGAUUAGGUUCUGUCGACAAAAUCAUAUCAUGCGACGAGAGCACCUCUGUGACUGAUAUGGAGAAAAACAAUAACUCUAGUAUAGGUUUAUCAACAACAAAUCUGACAGAAAUGGCUUCCAUUAACUGCGGCUCGCAUCUUUCACUACACAGUUUCAAUGCUGAAAUCCAACCUGAAAGUCGCUCGCAGCAAAUUGAUGCAGUUUUAGAAACAAAAUCCCAAUCCAUGUUCAUGUCUCAAAAUAGUUUUUUGAUGGAUAAGGUAGAAGUCAUUGAAGGCAAAGAGGACACUAUAAAAGGACGAGAUAUUGGCACGUGCUGCGAUCAAGAGAAAUUGAAUGGAAGCCCAAAUGCGACGGACUCUGGUCGAAUUGGUCGCAGCUGUCUUAUGUCUGUACAGAUGCUUGGAAACUCGGUGACAGAGGCGGGCACUCAAGAUCAGAUCAUAACAUCAGAUGCAGAAACGUUAACAAUACCCAAGACGUUUGUAUCCUCUUCGAAUAUAACUUCGUUCAGCACAAUGAUCAAACCUCCACUAACAGAGAUGGAGCAUGAAGAUAUUUCAAGUACAGAAAGAUGUGAAGCCUUCGAGAAGCCUGUAUCACCUACGAAUACACGGUUAAGGAAGUGCACAUCAGGAAAACCAUCACCUACGCAGAUGAUGCGUCGAGAUGACGCUAAAGAAAUUUCCAAGCUUUCUCCAGAGCUGACUUCAACACUGAAUCUAGCCUCAAGGAUCUCAGUGUUCAAAUCUUCACCAACGCAGGUGAUGCAUCAAGACACUGUAAAUGAUAAAUUGAAACUAGCACCAAAAGUUUCGUACAGCAAGUCUAGUAAAUGUGUGGAAGCAAUGAGAAAUCCCAGUGUCGUUAUAUCUAGUAAUAUUAAUGCGGCGAAAUGGAUGAAAGGUUGCCCGAAGGAUUAUGAAAAAGAUUACCAGUCAGUCAUAAAUAUAAGCGAGAUGACAGUGUCGGAGUCUUUACAGCGCGCAUCGUUAGCUCUUGCCAAUUCUAAUGCUAUUAGGCUUUCAAGAAACUUUAUUGAGAAUAAUAAAAAAGCUGCAGUAAAUUGUAUGACCACGAAACCUUUAGGAGUGGUAUCAACAACGGAAUUGCCAGAUGCCUAUCCUAAAAACAUGAAUGAUGAUGUCUUUGUUACAAACGUACAAGCCACAAACAAAGAACCAGAUUACGAUAAAACUGAUGAAUCUGGAAAAGCACUAGAGGAAUCAACAACACAGGAGCACCCAAAUUUUGGCGACGCAAGUAUAAACUGCAAACUACCAAUAUUAGUUCGUAAGAGAUCAGCCAGUGUACUUACAUCGCGUCAUAUCCUCGCUCAAACUCCGUGUUGUGAUAAUGUGAAGGGAACCAACGAGUGUAUAUAUGUAUACGACCAUGUCCGUUGCAUUAUUCAUGAAAAACGAGUCAAUAAAGGAACCCAAAUGGACUCAAAUGUUAUUCACAACAGUACUCCUAAAGCGAAGCAGGACAUUCGAAACAUUGGUUUUAUGACUUCAUUCCCGAGAUCGUCGUGUUGCCACGCCAAGCGGACUGGCGGAGUCAUCAGCAAAGUUUCGUCACCUCAAGUUUAUAAGGCGCUAUAUCAAAUAACGCGGCGCAAUACAGCAAAGGAAAGCUUUCACGCGCAAAAACUGUACAGAACAGAUUGUCUUCGGGACGAUUCAGUGAAUGGCAGUUCAUCAACAGCCUCGAUAUCAUGCCACCACGACAGCCACGUGUUAGCCAAGAACAUCGAUUGGAUGAAACAUAAUUUUAAAAGACACUUUUCGCCAUCUGUUGGUUGUGAUGAAAAAGAGGUGCACCAAAUCAACUCAAACACAUACACUGAGGCAUGCACCAUGAAACCUAGUGGACGCCAAGACAAACAGUGCCAAGUUACAAAGUCUAAACCACCGGCUAACAUUGAAAAGCGUAAAAGUUCAAGAAUUCUAGCGCCUGCAAUGAAUACAACAAAUUUUAGUGCUAAGGAUCGAUAUGACCUGAAGAAUGUUUAUUCUUUAUUGAGUGCGAUUGAAGGAAGGAUACGCCGGCUAAAACUUGACAACUAAACAUUUUUGUGUAUGAAACUUGCAUUGGAAGGAUAUGUUUCGAAUAUAGUGCGGAUAUCGAGCAAAGUUUUUGUGAAGUUUGUGUGUUUAAAUGAAAGUCGAAUUAUAUUAUGUAAACUGUUUCCAAUUGUCAAAUCGAAUUAAGUUAGUACUUCUGUUCAAGCACAUUGUUUUAUUCGUAACAAAAUAUGGCAACCGCCAUUUUCUUGACGUUUGUCACAAAUGUCACUUCUGUCAACGGUAUCAAACAAAUGAAAUGUCAAUUAAAUUUUCAUUCAAACAUCAAAACAGAAUAAAAAUUGAAAAGAGAGCAAUGGAAACAAUUGUCAAAUCUAAUCAAGUUAGCACUUCAUUUUCUUGACGUUUGUCACAAAUGUCAACGGCGUCAAACAAAUGAAAUUUUCAUUCAAACAUCAAAACGGUUUAAAUAAUUUAAAAGAAAAGCAAUGGAAACAAUCAAAACUUGUUUAAAUCAUUUUGUCAAUAGGUACAAAAAACAAUUUCAAUUUAAGUUAUU